GGAAGGAAGGAAGGGUGGGAGUGAAAGAUUGAGAGAGAGACCUUUAGUUGGUGAAAGAGCAAGAGAGUUGGAGGGGGAGAGAGAGCAGUUUGGACUGGUGCUCACACACCGUAGUAACACUGGGCGGAGAGAAAACACCGUACUUCAAUGAAAAAGGACUGGUAGGUAGGAGUGUGUGUGUGUGAACAGAGGACCGUGUGGGAGUGCAGCGAGUUGGAAACACGUGAAGACGGCCCCCAGCACGUUUCGUUUGCUUUCGAGACGGUGCAAGUGGAGACCUUCAGCCACCAUGAGUAUUAUUAUAAAGCCGCGCUCACGCUCCACCAGCUCCCUGAAAUGCGCAGAAGGUUUCGAUGUGGAUAAUGGCACGUCGUCAGGACGCAGCCCAUUGGACCCGAUGGCCAGCCCUGGGUCGGGUCUCAUCUUGCAGGCCAACUUCGUCCAUAGCCAGCGGAGGGAGUCGUUCCUGUACCGCUCCGAUAGCGACUAUGACCUCUCACCAAAGUCAAUGUCGAGAAACUCCUCCAUCGCCAGUGACAUACAUGGAGAUGACAUGAUCGUUACCCCUUUUGCACAAGUCCUGGCUAGCUUAAGAACUGUACGGAAUAACUUUUCAGCACUGACAAAUGUACAACAAGAAAGAGCCUCCAACAAGAGAUCACCCAUGUGUAACCCUCCACCCAUCACAAAGACUACAUACACAGAAGAGGCCUACCAGAAGCUGGCCACAGAGACGCUGGAGGAGCUUGACUGGUGCCUAGAUCAGCUGGAAACCCUGCAGACACGGCACUCGGUCAGCGAGAUGGCCUCAAACAAGUUCAAGAGGAUGUUGAACCGAGAGCUGACCCACCUGUCGGAAAUGAGCCGCUCUGGAAACCAGGUGUCCGAGUUCAUCUCCAGUAAUUUUUUAGACAAGCAGCAUGAAGUGGAAAUGCCGUCUCCACAGUCACAGAAGGAUAAGGAGAAGAAGAAGCGGCCGAUGUCCCAGAUCAGUGGCGUGAAAAAGCUGACUCACAGUUCCAGCCUCACCAAUUCCAACAUCCCUCGCUUUGGAGUCAAGACGGACACUGAGGAAGCACUGGCCAAGGAGCUUGAAGAUGUGAACAAAUGGGGCCUUAAUGUUUUCAAAGUCACAGAGUUCUCUGGCAACAGACCUUUAACAGUUAUGAUGUACACAAUAUUCCAGGAGAGAGACUUAUUAAAAACAUUUAAAAUUCCACUCGACACCUUUAUAACGUAUCUGAUGACGUUAGAAGACCAUUACCAUAGCGAUGUUGCCUACCACAACAACAUCCACGCUGCUGAUGUGACUCAGUCCACUCAUGUGCUGCUCUCCAGCCCUGCUCUCGAGGCUGUUUUCACAGAUUUAGAGAUUCUUGCUGCCAUAUUCGCCAGCGCGAUACAUGAUGUCGAUCAUCCUGGCGUCUCCAACCAGUUCCUCAUUAACACUAACUCUGAGCUGGCUCUUAUGUAUAAUGACUCGUCUGUGUUGGAGAACCAUCACCUGGCUGUGGGCUUUAAGCUGCUGCAGGAGGAGAACUGUGACAUCUUCCAGAACCUCACCAAGAAACAGAGACAGUCGCUGCGCAAGAUGGUCAUCGACAUUGUUCUGGCGACAGACAUGUCGAAACACAUGAACUUAUUGGCAGAUCUGAAAACCAUGGUGGAGACAAAAAAAGUGACCAGCUCUGGAGUUCUGCUGCUGGAUAAUUAUUCAGACAGGAUACAGGUGCUACAGAACAUGGUGCACUGUGCAGACCUCAGUAACCCCACCAAGCCACUGCAGCUGUACCGCCAGUGGACUGACCGCAUCAUGGAGGAGUUCUUCAGCCAGGGAGAUCGCGAGAGGGAACGUGGCAUGGAGAUCAGCCCCAUGUGUGACAAACACAACGCUUCAGUCGAGAAAACCCAAGUGGGCUUCAUUGACUAUAUCGUGCACCCGCUAUGGGAAACCUGGGCAGACCUGGUGCACCCCGAUGCCCAGGACAUCUUGGACACGCUGGAGGACAACAGGGAGUGGUACCAGAGCACCAUUCCACAGAGCCCAUCCCCCGCACUGGACACAAAUACAGAGGGACGUCGCACCACCACCCAUGACAAGUUCCAGUUCGAACUCACGCUGGAGGAGGACGGAGAAUCGGACACAGAGAAGGACAGCGGCAGCCCUCCAGACGAGGAGGAGGAGGAAGAGGAAGAGGAUGAGAACAGCUGCAGUGACUCUAAAACCCUUUGCACACAGGACUCUGAGUGUACUGAGAUCCCCCUGGAUGAACAGGUGGCUGAGGGGGAGGAGGUAGGAGAGGAGCAGAGAGAGGAAGAGGGCGAGAUAUCAGAACCCUGUGUUUUAGUGGAACAGGAGGAGGAGGAGGAGGAGGAGGAAGAGCAGGACACUGCCAAUACGUAACACACUAUAAGAGAACAUACGGACUUCUUUUAUACUAGACAUGAGAGCCACUUAUUUAUGAAUAAGCUGUAGGGUUUUUCAUAUUUUUAUGUUUGUGUGUGUGUGUGUGUGUGUGUGUGUACUGUACAUCUUUUUCCAAAAAUGUUAUUCAUAAUUGUUUCCCUAUCACCAUCACUGAUAUCAUCCAUAUGGUCUUUGUUUUCAUCUUUUAUCCAUGCCUAGUGCCGUUUUACCCAUUUUUGUACUCAGGAAAGUCUUUUCCACGCACACAUUUGAAACAAACAUUUGUCUUUUUUUUUUUUGGUAAUUCGUCCAUAUUUCUGUUUUUAACUAAGGUGGUAUUUAAAAAAAAGAGAGAGAGAUUUGUGUAGUUUUCAGUUUCAUUUGCCAAAAAACACCUGUCAGACCAUCUGUUUAUUUCCAAUGUUUGGUUUGAUGGGAGCUUCAUUGCAUGGAGACACAUGCGGCUGGUAGACAUUCACGCCACAAUUUGAAUGUUAUUUCUUCCUCAAAGUCUAGAUCUACUUUAUUUGCAGUGCUUAGUGUAGAUAGACUCAUUACCAAAGCUAAUAGAAAUGACUCGUGGCACAAGGAAAUCAAACUGAAAAAGAUUUACAAUCGGCAUCUGCCAAAGAGUGUUUUUGUUUUUUGCUUUUUUGUUAUGCGACAUCAUGUUUAUGAAAUAACAUUUGUCUAUAAUUUAAUGGAAAGAGUGCUCCGGAUUUUUUAUUUAUUUUUUGCAGGCCUUCGGUUACAUAGUAACCGACGCGAUUUUAUUUUCCCAGUGUUGCUUAGACAAGCCUUAAGAUUUUGUUGCCUGUCAAAAAACGGACUAAACCAGAAUUUUCCUGUUCCUUCGUCUCUUAAAGUGAUGUACAGGUUGAACUAAAGAUUCGUGACCAGGCCAAAAUGGAGACAGCAAAUUGAAUGAGUUGUUUCAUUAUUUUGUCAGGCUUCAUUGUUUGUAUGACAAAUUUCUGUUUCGAAGUCACUGGUGCCAAGACGUAUGCUGACUCCUAAACGGCUCUCUACUGCUUACCUUUUUAUAUACACGCACUGAUCACUUUAUUAGGAGCACCCGUACACCUGCUUAUUCGUGCAAGUAUCCCAUCAUCCCGUCAUUGUGGCAUCAGCACAAUGCGUAAAAUCAUUGCAAAUACAGAUCAAGUGCUUCAGUUAAAGGUGCUAUAUGUAAGAACAUUCAACAAUUAACUAAAAACUAAAAUUAUCAACAGAAUGUGAAGAAAUAACAGAUUUGACGUUAUGUCAAAGACAUCUAUGUAUUCUGUUUCAGAGAUAUCUACGGAAGUUAGCGUGUUAACCAGCUAGCCCCGAGACAGGACGGGCUACCCGUCUCGAAAUACUUUGUACCUCAAGAGGCGAUAGUGGGUCAGUGUAGCGUCCAGUCUAGAAUGAGAGAAGUAGUAGUGCUGCCCCAAGGGCAUAUUGUAACGUCAAUCAUGUUGAAAGUACUGCGCCCAGUUAUAAAGAGUGUCAAGUUACGUCACGCCGUGUUGCGUGUUGGGACGGGGCUCCAUCUUGUGGCCAACCUGCCCUGUUUGCUGUGCUGGUUACCUGCUUACCUUGUGUUUUGCUUGGAUAAAAAGUUGGUUAGGGCGGCACGGUGGUGUAGUGGUUAGCGCUGUCGCCUCACAGCAAGAAGGUCCGGGUUCGAGCCCCAUGGCCGGCGAGGGCCUUUCUGUGCAGAGUUUGCAUGUUCUCCCCGUGUCCGCGUGGGUUUCCUCCGGGUGCUCCGGUUUCCCCCACAGUCCAAAGACAUGCAGGUUAGGUUAGGUGUGAAUGGUUGUCUGUGUCUAUGUGUCAGCCCUGUGAUGACCUGGCGACUUGUCCAGGGUGAACCCCGCCUUUCGCCCGUAGUCAGCUGGGAUAGGCUCCAGCUUGCCUGCGACCCUGUAGAAGGAUAAAGCGGCUAGAGAUAAUGAGAUGAGAUGAGAAAAAGUUGGUUAAAUCUGAUGGAGAAGGGCAAAGAGAAAAGCAGCUGAGAGGACGGACUGGGCAUUUCCUUGUUUCUUAUAACAGGAAUAGGCACCACAACUUUCAGGAAAUAUACUGCCCCCUAUUUGUUUGGAGUAUGAAUUCGACAGGUGGCCAGUUUUUACAUAUAGCACCUUUAAAGUUCAUUAAUAAUCAUCAGGACAAGGGGAAAUGUGAUCUCAGUUACUUUGACCAUGGCGUGGUUGUUGGUGCCAGAUGACCUGGUUUGAGUAUUUCAGUAAGUUCGGUAUGAUCUCCUGGGAUUUUCACACACAUCAGUCUCUCUCUAGAGUUUACACAGAAUGGUGUGAAAAACAAAAAACAUCCAGUAAGCAUUCUUUGUUUUUGCACCGUUCUGUGUAGAUGAUACGAACAUUAACGGAUGCUCUUGCCAAGCAUCUGCAUAGUUUAGCGCAUUGCUCUGCUGCCGGUUAAUUGGUCGAUUGCAUCAGUGAUCAGGUGUAAUGGUGUUCCUAAUAAAGUGCAUGGUGAGUGUAGAUAUUACAACUACCAUGCAGUCAUUAGCACAUAUUGAUACUAAUGACUACAUGUGGUAUGAAGCAAUAUCCAACUUUCAUUGACAACCAAACACAGUGAUACUUCAUUUCCUUGUCACUGGGAUGGUCCCAUUAAGAGAACAUGUUCUGUACCUUCGGGAUGUAUCUUAUAUUUGGGAAUUAUGUGGUGUAUCUUUUUAAAUUGCUGUCAAAUUACAGUUUCAAAGGCGCAUCAGUGGUCCAAGUACAUAUCUUCACUUAUUAUACAUACAGGACACUUUCAGUGGAAUCAAAACGUGUUCUAUUCCCUUCUAGCGGGUUUCAUUCAUUUGCUUUGAUAGCAUGCAAUAUCGUUAGCAUAUUGCUUAUCUUACGUGUAUUACAUCCCUCUUGUCAAGUCAAGUUUAUUUUUAUAGCGCUUUUAACAAUAGACGUUGUCGCAAAGCAGCUUUACAGAAUUUUAAUGACUUUAAACAUGAGCUUAUUUUAUCCCUAAUCUAACACAUACCCUAACACAUGCUCUACCCAAUGGAGAAUGAGCAUUGAAUAUGGUUUACGAUAUUGCAUGGUUGUCAAGACAACAUAACAUCACACGUUGGAGAAGUAAAACUUCCGCACUAGCAAGCGACUGUGACAAUUUGUAAACAAACAUGGCCGCCAGGUUUGCUUCAUUAAAUACAGAAGAUUUUGACAGAAUUUUGAAAGAGAAAGACGCGUUGAACACCCGAAAGGAAUGUGGAUGUAUAAUAAUGGCUUUUUUUUCGCGGUAUAUCAGAUAUAUUCCAUUCAGCUAGCAUGAUAUUGAACUCGUCUUCGACUCGUUCAGCUGAAUGGAAUAUAUCUGAUAUACCACUCAAUGCCAGCCAAUAUUAUUUAAUUAUUUGUAAAGGUAAAAGAUGUAUACUAAAGGUACAAAGAUACCCCCUUGAUGGUACCAUCCUAGUGAUGAGGAAAAGUACAGUUUUGGUACCUUUUUUUGAGAGUUGAAUCCUUUCUUUUGAGAUUCAACCAUACUGUUGAAAGAGCUGUUCAAUGUCUUGAAUAUUCAAUGUUGAAGAUUUUGUACUAUUUCUAGGUCAUUAUUUUGAAAAGAAUGCAAAUUAGAAGCAUUUUUACGAGUAGUCUCAGUCUUUUGGACCCCUGUAUACAAGCAAAAUCCUUCUGACUCCUAAGGCUUCACUUUAGAUAACAAUGGGGGAACGGGUCAGAUCAGAAACACCGAUGCUAGGCAUGAAAAUUAAACUCAACAAAAUUUUGAAUCAAUCACGAGUGUUUUAGAUCAGUGUGUGUUUUAAACAUCCGUAAGAUUCAGAGAUUCAGCGGGAAACUACACAGCAUAAUGCUUAAAUGUUUAUAACUGGUUAAGAUGAGCCUAAGGCUGAAGGCCAGUAAGUCGUCGUCAUCAUCAUCAUCAUCAUCAUCACUCCUCAUUAUAGUUUAAAAAUCACAGGGUAACCAGCACUAAUGUGACUUUCCACUGAAGCUUGCACUCAUUCGCCCCACAGUCCACCUGUUCAGUUUGUGUUUGGCAUUUUGAGCCAUUUCUAGUUUAUUUCUAUUAUUUUUCUUUCUGCUCUUGUAGCAUGGUGAUAUCAAAUCCAACUGUAGCAGCAGGAAGGUGAUGAAUGAGGAAGUGGGAGUAGAUUUUGAUUAGAAUGCAGUAACUCUAAUGUAAUCAAGUGUGUGGGGGGGUUCUUUUUUUUUUUUUUAAGACGACAAAAUGUAUAAAGCUCCUGCCUUUAGAAAUGGCCUGUCCUUGGAUUUUUUUUUUAAUUUCUUGUCUCUUUGCCAAAUGAUUUUCUCUCCAUCGAUUAAUCCUCAGCCAGUUUCCUUGCUUUCAGUGGUUUCUCAUUUCCGUCUGUUUACAUGUAUUUAUUGUGCUGUACAGUACAUACUGUUGUUCUUACCAUGUUGUAAAUGAUUCUAUCAUCCCUAAUGGUGAUGGUGUUGCUGUAUUACACAACUCUUAUUGAGAGAAUGUUUUAUUCUUAUUCAGUAUAUUAAGGACCCAUCUAUAAACAUCUCCUACGAGAUUGUUUUGUGUGGAGGAGUGAAGAAAUCCAAUUUUUUUUUUGUGUCUUCUUUCUGUAGAGAAACAGCAGUCCCUUGGCCAGAGGGUUGUGCCUUAAACUUUUUUAUUUAAGUUUCUUAUCUUCUUGCUGCACUAAAGAAAAAAAACCUACUGGCUGGAAAUUGACCUUAAUGUAUUUUAUUAUUGUUAUUUUCCUUAUUUUAAGUGUGAGAGAUGAAUAUUUCUUUUUGUCAGGUAAUGAAAAGGCCAGUACAGAGGAUUGUUUGGUAUUUAAAAGUAUAUCGCUACAUUCAGCAGCACGCUGUAAUGCUGGGUUUGUUUUUUGUUUUUACCAGAACAGAUUUAUGUGUUUUUAUAAGCUGUCAACAUAUGAUUAUGUGCUAAAUUAUGGAAAUAUGAGAUAUAUACAGUCCCCUCCGAAAGUAUUAGAAUACCAAGGCCACGUCAUUUGUUUUUAGUAUAUACAAAAGACACCACAGAUGAGUAUGAAACAAUAGAUCAGAAUUUCAGCUUUCAUUUCCUGAUAUUUACAUCUAGAUGUGUUAAACAACUUAGAACUUAGCGGACCACCCAAUUUUUAGGUGAAAGUAUUGGAACGGAUCAUCUUAAAGUAAAGAACACUUAAUACUUGGGUAUAUAUUGGUUGGUUUUUAUAUUUACUUGCAGUAUCAAGCUGAUGCUGACACGAUCGCCACCAACCUUGACCGAUGAGCUCGUAUGUUUUGGAUCAUGAGCAGAUCCUUUCUUUGCUUGCUUUUCUCCCACUGACGGCUCUCUGGGUUUCAUGGUGGUUUAACCUUUUUAACAAAAAUUGUCGACCCAGAGUUUAAACUAAGAUUAGCUAUUAAUUAUUUAAGCAAUCAAUCUAACAGGGCACACCUGGGCACCUACCAGUCACGUUCCACUAUUUCUGAUCACUUGAAAAAUAAGUGGAUUCAAACAAAAGUACCAUGUUCGAAGUUGUUUGACCCAUCUAGAUAUAUCAGGAAAGUAAAGCUGAAAUUCUGAUCCAUCAUCUCAUUCAUCUUUUGAGCUCAAACCUUCAAUGUAUCGCAAAAACAAAAGAAUUGGCCUCGCUGUUCCAAUACUUUCAGAGGGGACUGUGUGAAUGUGUGCCAAAGCAGAACUGAAAAGCUCUAGCUCGGUGUAAUUUUUUUUUUCUUCUUCCCCAUUUAGAUUGACUGGAUUUUCAGUCUCUGUUAAUAAUUAAUUUGACAGAAACAAAAGAAUCAUGCUAGAUCAUUACAAAUACAGUUUUUUACUAACAUCUGUGUAACAUGCAAUAUAAAAAGAAAAAAAAAACACUUUGCAUUUCCAUUGGGGACAUUAGGCUUUUUUUUAUUUUGGAUAAAGGAUGGAAUGUCUUUAUAAACUCCAAUCCUUGAGUGGAGGCUAAUUUUGACACACAUACUGUAGAUUCCUAAUUGCCCUAAAUGGAUAGAAUCAGUGUCUCUUUUCCUUUUUUUUGGUCUCAUGUCAUCUUUUUACAUCAUCCAAAAAACUAAAAAUAUAUAUAUAAACUAUUUAGGGAUAACUAUUUUUUGUUAUGUGACUUGAAUGCCAACUUAUCGGGAGGUUUCACAAGACAAUGUAGUUGUUUAAUGGAUUCCUUAUUUAUGACAGUCUAUUGGAUAGAACUGUAGAAGUAAAACUUGUAAAAAAAAUAAUAAAAUAAAAUAAAAAAUAAAAAGUUAAAAUUGAAUAAAAAUGUUUUAUAUGCACC